ACCACACGUAGCCGCCUUUCUGAUCCACAUACACCCUACCGGAAACCGUCCAGAUUCAUGCCCCCUUCUCCUCCUCCCACUAAUCUGACCGCAAUACCAACCAGGUUCGCGCAUCCCUUUUUAGGCACAUGUCUCAUUCUUAUAAAUUGCCACAUCACUGCCCCCUCUCUCAAAUCAUAAUCCACUAAUUAAUUCUCCAAUUGGAUUAAUCCCCUUCCCCUUUUUGGUCCGUUCUUCGAUCGCCGGAAGCCAUCUCGGCGAUGGCUUCUAUGGAAACUUUCAUCGCGAAAUCUCCACGCAGCCAUCUGCGACUUCCCGGAACCCGGCGAACCGAUUUCGCCGGCGCCGCCGCCCGCUUCCGGCGGGUCUCACGCUGCCCGGCUGGGGUUCGGUGCGGCCUGAUUAAGCCGGAUGGCGGGAAGCUGGUGGAGCUGGUGGCGACGGUAGGGCCGGAGCGGGAGGCUCUUCGGAAGGAGGCUGCGAUGGCGGGAGGUUUGCCGCGGAUUAAGCUAUCGAGGAUCGAUUUGCAGUGGGUGCAUGUGUUGAGUGAGGGGUGGGCGAGCCCGCUCCGGGGCUUCAUGAGAGAAGCCGAGUUCCUCCAAACUCUUCAUUUUAAUUGCCUGCGGAUGCCGGACGGCUCUGUGGUCAAUAUGUCGGUGCCGAUCGUGCUCGCGCUUGACGAUGAGCAGAAGCGGGUUGUUGAAGGGCGGGAUAGAGUUGUGCUUGCUGAUGUUAAUAACAAUCCCAUUGCCGUUCUUAAAGACAUUGAGAUAUUCAAGCAUAACAAGGAAGAACGAAUUGCUAGAACAUGGGGAACAACUGCCCCUGGGCUACCCUAUGUUGAAGAAACCAUAACCAAUGCCGGCAACUGGCUCAUAGGUGGAGAUUUGGAGGUCAUAGAGCCAGUUAAAUACAACGACGGACUCGAUAAAUAUCGCCUUUCACCUGCGGAACUUCGCGAAGAGUUCACAAAGCGCAAUGCAGAUGCCGUCUUUGCUUUUCAGCUCCGAAAUCCUGUGCAUAAUGGUCAUGCAUUGCUCAUGACUGAUACUCGUAAGCGUCUCUUGGAGAUGGGCUAUAAAAAUCCAAUUUUGUUGCUUCACCCUCUGGGAGGCUAUACUAAAGCUGAUGAUGUACCACUCAGUUGGAGAAUGAAGCAGCAUGAGAAGGUGCUUGAGGAAGGUGUGCUUGACCCUGAUACUACAGUUGUGGCCAUCUUCCCCUCCCCCAUGCAUUAUGCUGGGCCAACUGAGGUGCAGUGGCAUGCCAAGUCUCGUAUUAACGCCGGUGCUAAUUUCUACAUUGUUGGUAGAGAUCCUGCUGGCAUGGCUCAUCCCCUUGAGAAACGAGACCUUUAUGAUGCCGACCACGGGAAGAAGGUACUCAGCAUGGCCCCUGGUCUCGAGAGACUCAACAUCCUGCCUUUCAAGGUAGCUGCUUAUGAUAAAACACAGGGAAAGAUGGCUUUCUUCGAUCAUUCAAGGCCCCAGGAUUUCCUCUUCAUCUCUGGCACCAAGAUGAGAAACCUUGCCAAGAACCGCGAGAACCCACCGGAUGGCUUCAUGUGCCCUGGCGGAUGGAAAGUUCUCGUAGAAUACUAUGACAGUGUAGCUUCACUCGAGGGGACCAAAAUCCGAGAACCUGUUCCUGCUUGAUACAACUAAAACCAUGGUUUGGUGGAAAAAUGGCCAAGUAUGGAUGUAUAAUAAGCUCCAAGGAGCAAUGAACCUUUAUUUGCCACCAAAACUGUUCGUGCUGCUUGUUCGGAUUGCCUACAUUGCAAAUUGUACAGAAAGGAAAAACUCAUGCAAAGCUUGUGUCAUGCCAAGCAUCGCAAUUGAAACUUUUUUCAAUGUAAUAGAAUUUGUGAGUUGAAUUUUAUUGGGUUUGGAUUGAAAAAUGUGUAGUGCGACAAAUUUGGCGCGACUAAA